AGUACAUAGCUGCAGGAGUCAGCGCUGCUUUAGGAUUGUUUGUUAUGUUUUUUGCUCUUUGGUUUUGGUUGGGUAAGAGAAGGGUGACUAUGAAAUGCGAAAAAACCCAACAGAUUUCGCAUAAUGUGCAGAGCACAUUUACUUAUGAAGAGCUAGCUUUGGCAACAAAUAGUUUUUCAAGUGCCAAUGUUCUUGGUCAAGGUGGUUUUGGAUUUGUUUACAAAGGAGUCCUGCCUAAUGGUAUAGAAGUUGCAGUCAAACAGUUGAAAACUGGAAGUGCACAGGGGGAGCGCGAGUUUCAGGCAGAAGUUGAAAUUAUUAGCCUUGUGCACCAUAGACAUUUGGUUUCGCUUGUUGGAUAUUGUAUUUCUGGAGAUCAGCGAUUGCUUGUGUACGAGUUCAUUCCCAACAAAACCAUGGAAUACCAUUUACAUGGUGAUGAAAUCCCACCUAUGAGUUGGCAAACAAGGUUAAAAAUUGCUUUAGGUGCAGCAAAAGGAUUGACAUAUCUUCAUGAGGAAUGUUCUUCAAAAAUCAUUCACCGAGAUAUCAAGGCAACGAAUAUACUUAUCGAUGACGAGUUUAAUGCUAAGGUUGCAGACUUUGGACUUGCAAAGUUUUUCUUAGACACAGAUACUCAUGUAUCGACUAGAGUCGUGGGAACUAUCGGUUACCUAGCACCAGAGUAUGCUGCAAGUGGGAAACUUACUGAAAAGUCAGAUGUCUUUUCCUUUGGGGUUGUGCUUCUGGAAUUGAUUACAGGGCGUAGACCUGUUGAUAGAAUCCGUCGCUUUAACGAUGAUGGCAUGGUUGAAUGGGCUAGGCCGUUGUUAAAACAAGCUCUAGAAGGUGGAAGCUUUAGUGAAGUAGUUGAUCCAAGAUUAGAAGAAUAUAAUCCCUAUGAGAUGGCACAAAUGAUUGCUUGUGCAGCUGCAUGUGUUCGCAGCUCUGCUAGACAACGGCCUCAAAUGAGUCAGGUAUUACAAGCUCUUGAAGGGAACUUGUCAGCUGAGGACCUUCUGAAAGAAAGCACAACAGAUAACGAUAUGUUCAAAGAAAUUUCAGUCGACGACUCUAGUGGCCAGCACAAGGAGGAUUUACAGAAACUUGAGAAGUUAGCUCUACAAAGCUAUGCUCAAAGUACUGAUAAAUUCAGUGGAACCACCAGCGAGCUCAUAUCUACCUCGAGUACUGAAAACCAACAAGAUACCCUGGAGUUAUAGAAAAUGAAUACUGUGAAACAGGAGUGGUAACUCCAAGACCAAUAAUUAACUAUUACAACCUUUAUUUACGUGUACAUAUAUAGAUGUUAUAUUGUUACGACAAUUUUCCUUUCUAAAUUAUUAGAUUAAGGGUGAGCCCCAGUUUCUCUUCUUGAGAAACAAUCAUCGUUUCUCUAAUGACAGGAAUGGUAAAUAAAAGCAAAACUAUCAAUUUUUUUUUUUUUUUUUAUUGGAUGCUGACUCACCCAUCUUCCUCCUUUCUCAACAUAACAAUGGCAGUUUAUGCAACGGCCACAACAUACACCAACCUCAAUUCGGCGGCGAAUCAACGAAAACCCUAAGAAAACGGGAGAAAUUAAGGGCAUUGUUAACUCUAAAGGGUAGGUGUUUUCCUCCUUCAUUGAAAUUAAGCAUUGGGCGUUUGUCAAUUUAUUCGAUGGUGUAUGGGAAACUCAAAGGCUGCUUCAAUGAUGGAGAAAAAACUCAAAGGCAGCUUCAAUGGAGUACUAUGGCGGGGAGAGAGAAAACUCAAAUGCUGCUUCAAUGGUACUCUAUGGCGGGGAGAGAGAAAGAAAUUGAGGACUGGUUGUGAAUGGAGAAAAGGGAAAGAGACAACUAAAUUACAAUUUUAUCCCUAUUUUAGUGGUUUAAAAGACAAUUUUAACCCCUUGAGAUACAUGUGAUGUUUAUCAAUAUGACAAACUUGUAUUUGCCCUUAGAUUAAUGACACUAUAUUGUUCUCUUAAUCUCUUUGAACAUAGAUGUGAAAAGUGAGCUAUAGGAUGUUACUUUGUUUGAGUUCUUCAUCAAUGAUGUUUAAAUAAAGUAAUCAGGGAAAGAGAAGGAAGAGGAAGCGAGGGAUUUGUUGUUUUUCCCUCAUUUGGA